UAUUAAUUUUUUUAACUUAUUGGUGAAUCAUAUCAAGUCGAACAUCGGGUUAAAUUUUUCAAACUCGAUAUUUUAAUAAGUCAGCUCGUAUUCGAAUUAUUUUAUAAGGGAGCUUUUAGCUCGCUGGUGGUGUUCGGCUGGUUGACGCGGCUAGUUUGGCUGAGAUUCAAUUGGAAAGUUCAGCCAAUGGGGAUUUUCGUGCACGUGGAACAAUAGCUUUGCGUGACAGCUACAAUUUGCUUCAACCGCUGUUGGGCAGGCAGGCAGGCAGGCAGGCAGGAAAUUUCGGCUGUGAAAAUAGGCGAAUUUGAGCGGUGGUGGUGGUCAAAACUCAAAAAGUCUUAACACUCAAAAAAACGAAAAAAGAGGGCGGACAUGUGCGCACCGCCAUCACACGAGCUUCUUGUGCCGGCCGUUCGCGGCAACCGCUGGCCCUCUCGUACCUGCCAUCACACACGUGGACCAAUGGAGUGGGGCCAGUAGGCCCACGUGUAAUGAGCAGGACGAAGGUGUCCAUUUUUCUCUGAACUAAUCCGGAUGUGAUGGGCCCCAUUACCUCCCCAACGUUAUAAAUUCCGAUCUGAAAUGUGCGUCCCUGACUUCUGAUAGAGUCUGGCCCAGCCCAUCAUCCCCUCCUCCGCUCCUCGCCCCUUCCCCUUCCCCUUCGGCUUCCGCCCUCCGAUGAUGGAAUUGGAUCAGUAAUAGCGUGGCUCCUUACGGACCAGGGUCAGAGAAGAUGAACAGGAAACCGGGAGACUGGAACUGCAGGUCGUGCCAGUACCUCAACUUCAGCCGCCGCGACGUGUGCCAACGCUGCGGCGACCCGCGGUCGAACAGCAGCGACCGCUCCGACUACGCCAACUUCGGCGGCGGUCGCGGCGGCUCCUCCUUCGGCUUCGGCGGCUCUGACGUCCGGCCCGGCGACUGGUACUGCUCGUGCGGGGCCCACAACUUCGCCAGCCGAUCGAACUGCUUCAAGUGCAAUGCCUUCAAGGAAGACUCUGCGAUCGGCGGCGGCGGCGGCGGAGCCUUCGAGGCCGACAUGCCGCGCUCACGAGGAUUCGGCUUUGGCACCGGCGGCGGCAGUGGCGGCGGCGGCGGCGGCGGCGGCGGCGGGCGUGCUGGGUGGAAGUCCGGCGACUGGAUUUGCACCAGGUCGGGAUGCAACGAGCACAACUUCGCGAGCAGGAUGGAGUGCUUCAGGUGCAAUGCACCUCGGGAAUCCGGGACUGAAGUCUGAAAAGGCGGAGAGCAAGAGGAUCGUGAGAUUGCUGAUGAGAGAGAUGCGAUUACGUGAUAUUAUGACAUGUUACGAAACCAAUCUCAAGCUAUUACUAGUUUUGCCUCUUUUUUGUUUUGUUUCUCGGUGAUCUUCACAUGGUAGCUCGGUUGGAUUCCUUUCCUCCAUGUGGGGACUGUCUUCUUUUUCUCUAGUGUUUUGUAUGCUUUUUAGAGCUUCCUAUUAUCCCAAUCCCUUGCUUUAGAAAUUAAUAUAACCAUGUAGUAAUGAUGCUGCUCUUCUAUAAGUCUUAAUUAAUGAAGCUACUUGGAGAGUGUUUCUCUCUCUCUCUC